AUGGAGGCGGCGGCAAAGAAGAGUGCCUCGAACACAGAAGAGGCGCCAAAGUCUACCCCCACAGAGGCGGCUGCACCGAACACUACCUCCAUGGAGGUGGCGGCAUCGAAGUCAGCCUCGAGCGAAGAAGCAGCGCCGCAAGAAAGCACAUCUCUCCCUCAAUCGGAAACUCAAAUGAAACCUCGAGACGGAGGCAUUACAUACAUGGCAUGGGCGAAAAACUCCGACAACCUCGACGAAAUUAUGGAAACCAAUAGGUUCCUGAACAAUACCGUUGUGGAUAAGAGCGAGCGCAUUAACUUCUGUAAACCUCGACCUGGUAAACGUCUGCUUUGGGGCAGCUUGACGUUGGACGAUGCCGCUCUCAAGAAAGUUCAAGAGUAUCCAGGCAUAGAGCGUGUCCUGGUGGAACCUGAUGUAGACGAAGAUUUCGUAAUCCCAUCGAUAAACGAGUCUGUUUCUACGGGUUGGUUCGCAGAUGCAAUACAGGCCAAACGAUCAACAUCGGACUGGAAGAAGCAAGAUCCUGCACCAAAAAAUCUUGCAUUCAUCAGUCAACCAAAAGAUACACAGCAGAAAGACUACAACGAUUUCGUUUAUCAGGCGAAAGCAGGAGAAGGUGUCUACAUCUACGUUAUCGACACAGGAGUUGCAUACAAUGUUGAAUAUGAGGCGGGUGAGCGGGAGUUUCCCAAAGGCAAAGCUUUUUCGCUACAGACCGAAGAUUCCAAGUUUCGUAAAGAUCCAGAAGAUUCAGACUCACAUGCCAACUCUCAUGGGACUAAAGUGGCUUCAGUCGCUCUAGGUCAACGAUUUGGGGUUGCCAAAGGAGCCACACUCAUUGCAGUAAAAGCCAUACCGACAGUCGUUGACAGACUAGAAGCGGUCGAGCUCGUCUAUGAAGACAUUGUCAAUAACCCAGAUCGGGUCAAGAAGUGCGUCGUGGUAACUCCCUGGACUGUGAAGAACAACGAUCCAGCGUAUGAAGAAGCGUUUACAAUCGUAUUCAAGAGACUGCUCGGUUUGGGGGUCCCCGUAGUGGCAGCAGCUGGAAAUGAACGUAAGAGAUCGGAUGACAUUGAUAAACUACCACCAUUGCUGUUUGGGCCAAAAUUUCCAAUUAUCAAUGUUGGAGGAUCCGACAACAAUGGUGUACGUGGUGGAUCCUCGCAAGGUGGUUCCAAACUUGCGAUCUAUGCUCCGGGUCAAGGCGUAGAAUUGUCGGACAAAGAUGGGAAAUCGGUGGUAGGUUCAGGAACAUCGUUUGCGUCUCCAGCAGUAGCAGGCCUGAUCGCAACGUACAUGGCCUACGAUACUAUCCCGUGGGAUGACAGCAAAAAGGGCAUUGAGCGCGUUCAAGCAAUCAUGUCGUUUGUUCAGUCGGAUGCAAGCAGUGUUAUACGCAACACCGAGACCAAAUUACGAAUUAUUUGGAACGGCGCCACAAUAGAAGAUCACAAAGACGCCCAGUCGGAAGGGAGCAGCCCACUACCCUACAAACCAGGCACCUGUGUCGUGAGCGUCAUCCUGACCCAGGAGCUUUAUUCGCCUGUUUCGCAAACGUAUGGUUGGGAAGGUGAUAUCUACAAUGCGGCUGGCGCACGCAUCAACGGUUGCAGCACCCAGUACCAGAUCCAUCCAACCUCUGAGGAUUUCAGUAUUGGGUGUGAUCCUCUCAAGAAUGGAGUUACUGUGCACGUCGGCGACCGUGACGUUCUGGAUUUCAAAUUCGGCGAUCAGACCUGGAACUCGGCUGAUAAGAACGCUUGUGCGGACGGCUCAUGGGCACAAGUCAAUGACAAGCCCGUAAGUGAUAUACCCGUGCUAUCUGCUCUUGGUAUUCAACACUAA